GCAGGGUCUCUGUUUAAUGAUGUCUUCUUGAUUCUUUUCAGAUGAAAGACACGGGAAAGGAAGGACACAGCCUUCGUUGUUACCUUGUGGUACUGCUCUGGGAGUGCUCCACUAUGUGCUGCAGCUCUGUCUGGGGAGUGGGCUCCGCCCCAGUGCAUGGACCAUAACUCUCCAGGCGGUACUGCUGCAUAAGAGAGUUCCACCAGACUCUAAAGAAUGAGUGGGAACCAUCCCCACUUGAGGAAUGCAGCUGCCUUCAUAACUGCUGUUGUCUUGAUGCUCCAGUCAACUGCAAGGGUGUAGAUUCAUCUGUGUAACCACCACACCGUGCCUCCCACACCAGCUGCCCACCAUGCCAGAGCUGGCAGAGUUGAGCAGCCCCCGCACCCCAGCAGAUGCAAACCACAUCCAGAGGAACAUCUUGGAGGAGCAUGUGGAGCUCUGGUGGUUCCAGGACCCCAAGAAGUCAAUCUUGUGCUAUGGGGUGGCUGUGGUACUGAUCCUGGCAUGUGGGAUCGGGGGCAUCAUCUUGCUGUACAGCACUAGCAGCCGGUCUGGGGAGUGGAGGCUGGCAGUAGGCACCACACUCUGCCUCCUGGCCCUGCUUGUGCUGCUGAAGCAGCUGCUGAGCUCUGCAAUCCAGGACAUGAACUGCAUCCGCAGCCGGGAUCAGAUCGAGCUCCUGAAGAGUGGGGGCUUCUCAGACUGCUUAGUGCUGCUGGUCAGUGCCGUGGUGCUGCUGGUUUGUGGGAUUGUGCUCACCACCCUCUCCACCACGACCAUGCAGCUCAGUCCUGCACGGCCGCUGGCCAGCAUGUUCAUCAGCGGGGUUGUCCUCCUGACUGCCGGUGGCGCCAUCCUCCUCUGCUUGCUGCUCUACCUACUCUGCACCUCCUGCCGCCCGGCGGCUCCCCGGAGCCUGGAAGCUGGCGAGAUCCGCGUCUUCACCAUCUCUGGCCGCCUCGCAGGCAGGCGGCUUCCCCCGACCUCCAGCAUGGCCAACCUGAUCUGAGCCAGGACACUCCUGUGAGCCUUAUGGGAUACAACCCAUCAAGAGGGCUUGCGCUGGCCCUUCCUGGAGGAAGGGUGAGUGUUUCCACUUCUUUUGGAGAUGCCUGGCAUCUACUUUGCCCCAGGCUGAUGGCAUAGCAAGGACUUGUGGUACCUGGAUGGGCUCUGUGACCUGGUUUGUUAGGAGCACAGUGCUGGCCUGGUUGGUGUUUUAUCUCCACAAAGCCUCCUGUGACAGCUGCUAUCUGCUUGGCUGUGACCCCUGUCACAGAGUUAAGGUGAGCCUGUCCUGUGCUCCUGGGGACCCCAGCACUUGCUUGGUUUUUGCAGUUCCCAGAGGUGUGUUGUGUGCUCUCCUGGCAGGAGAGGCUGCAAUUGUCGGUUUCAUAAAACCACCUUGUUCUCUGCCCAGAGCCACCAGUUCCUGAGCAAAGUAGAGCCUCCAGCAGCCAAAAAACAUCAGGAAAUA